CAAUCCCUGUUGGGGUUUUAAGGAGGCCUGGAAGUUAGGGUUUAUGUUUCUUAUCAGGAGUCUCUUUAAGUUUAUGCUAUCAUCUCUUGGCUGUUGGAAACUGUGAUUGAUUGUCUCUGUCUUCUAUAGCUUGGAAUUGCAAUUGGGUUCUUGGUCCCUCCUGUUUUGGUACCCAACAUCGAAGACCGGGACAAGCUUGCCUACCACAUCAGCAUCAUGUUUUACAUAAUAGCAGGCGUGGCUACUCUGCUUUUCAUCCUUGUCAUCAUCGUAUUCAAGGAGAAGCCUAAACACCCCCCGAGCAGGGCACAAUCUCUGAGCUAUGCCUUGGCGUCCUCUGAUGCAUCGUACUUAAGUUCCAUUGUCCGGCUCUUCAAAAACCUCAACUUUGUCCUGCUUGUCAUCACCUAUGGUCUCAAUGCUGGUGCUUUUUAUGCCUUGUCCACACUGCUGAAUCGCAUGGUGAUCUUGCACUACCCGGGGGAAGAAGUGAAUGCUGGAAGAAUCGGCCUGACCAUCGUCAUUGCAGGAAUGCUUGGGGCAGUGAUCUCAGGCAUCUGGCUGGAUAGGUCCAAAACCUACAAAGAGACAACCCUGGUGGUCUACAUCAUGACGGUAGUGGGCAUGGUGGUGUACACACUGACCUUGAACCUGGGAUACCUGUGGGUAGUGUUCAUCACCGCUGGCACAAUGGGCUUCUUCAUGACGGGCUACCUCCCGCUGGGAUUUGAGUUUGCUGUGGAGUUGACAUACCCAGAAUCGGAAGGCAUAUCGUCUGGCCUCCUGAAUGUAUCUGCCCAGGUGUUCGGGAUCAUCUUCACCAUCUCCCAGGGCCAAAUUAUUGACAACUACGGAACCAUGCCUGGGAACAUCUUUCUCUGUGUGUUCCUCACCCUUGGAGCAGCCCUCACUGCGUUCAUUAAGGCAGAUCUCCGGAGGCAGAAAGCAAACAAAGAAACUCCUGAGAAUAAGCUCCCGGAGGAGGAGGAGGAGGAGGAGGAGGAGGAGAGUAACACCAGCAAAGCGCCCACCACUAUGUCUGAGGAGCAGCUCUGAGAGGAAAAGGUGGUGGCGACUCAGGGAACCAGACAGCACUCCCCACCUCUUCCAUCAGCACCUACCGCCGACACAUAGGCCUUUGCCGCAGCAGCUUUUGGAGGGAACCGGCUGGAAUACUGGGGGCUUGGACGGCAGGGCCUCUGCCAUCUGGAACCCACUCAAGAGCUUGCAUGGUCUAGCUGGGGAAGAUGGCACCUUCUACUGGGUGCCCGCUCCAUCCCCGCCCCCCUCGCAGGCUGUGGGAGCUGGUGCUGGGAGAGACUGCUGGAGAGCCGUGGUGCCUCGUCUUCCCCCUUCCCCUCCAGCCCGCCAGGAGAGGGCCUGCAAAAUUAUCACGGAAAGAAAGCUUAUUCAGGAUAUUAACUUUUUUUUUAGAAUCAUAAGACCCUUAGAAGCCCAGUUCUAAGGAGAGGCGGCUGCUCCAGAGAGGGGGUAAUUUUGGGGUCAUCACAUUGUGGCUAAUGUUCUGUGGGAGAGAAAGCACCAUCAGAAAAACAUCAGAAUGAACCCAUCAGGACUCGGCCUAGCUUCUCCUGCCCUAAGGCUGGGGUCUGUUUCCAGACCCUCUCCUAAGAGCUGAUCAAACCCAACAUCAAUAAACUUGACAGAAACUUU